UUUAAUUUGGAUAGGAAAGUAAACUUGAAGAUUGUGAACGUGCAGCUGCAAGUACUGGGCAACUCGACAGUUACACCAGUACCCCUAUAGAUAGUAUUGGCCACAUACAUUCGCGUCAUUACACCCUUCAUGAGUCAUAAGGAGUGGGUACGUGCAGCUCCGAUAUUUGUGGUUUGAACUUAAGUGAAUUACUGCCUCUUCUAAACGCAGUUAGAAGACGCCUUUUCGACAGCUUUUGAAUCACAACCUCUUGAGGCCUCAAAGAUGUCAUUUAGUUCACUAGCCUGUUUAUUGAUGGUUGUGAUUGCUGGGGCGCAAGCCAAUGUUGCGCAGGGCUUGCCAUUCCGUGGUGUGUACAAUCCUUUUUCACACCAUGCCGACGAGCCCCAACCAUGCAGCAUACCACGUUACUUCACUUACCUGCAAGAGGACUUCGUGACCACUGUAGAGGAAGGCCGACUGAAAGUUGAGGAAGAAAGCUGGGAGGGAGCCUACGAUACUAUUGCUCAGAAAUACUCCGCCAAGAAAGAAGAACGCUUCUUCAACGGAACAGAUGAUUACUCCAAAAUAAUUUUUGAUGAAGGAAAGGGUGUGGAGUAUAUCAUCGAAAAGAGAGGGGAGGAAACGGUGUGUCUGGUACUUGACAUCGAGGGGCAGAAGUUCCCAGAUACUUAUACUUUUCCGAAGAAUGCCAAGUUUGUUGGUGAAGCAACGUUGGGCGACCGUGAUCUCGUUGUGAACGUGUGGUACUACCCCAGCGAGGACAACACCAAACACACCGUAAAAACCUACACCCGUGAAGAAUGCGUUCCAAUCGGGCUGAGGCAUCGCAAAUUUGAUCCCCAAACAGGAGUGGAAAUCGAGUUGAGGGAAUCGAGUUUGUACGACAUCAAGCUUGGGAUUUGUGACGAAGAAAAAUACUUCAAAGUACCGGAUGAAUGCAAAGAGGGGCGCGCCUUGAAGGAACCAACACUAACCAUGAUGAAGAUCCGAAACCAUUUUAAUUAGGUUUAUUGGCCUUAACGUGUUAUCAGAAACGACGCUAAGAGCGGAUUCUGUCCUGGUUUAAAUUAAUCUUCCUGUUUUUAAGUGUAUUAGGUAAGCACAUGCAUACUUUUGGACUGUCAAUGUAGCAAAUCACGACCCUGCAAAAUAAUUUUUCCCAGCACGAUGUGUGGCAAAGGGGGACCCCCUACGCUAUGCACAAGCUAUAUAACCAGGGCUAUUAUGCCUACUUCACCCCCCUGAAAAUGUGAAAGGAAUUCUAAAGAUUCCGUAAACACAAAAGACGACACAAUGGGGGGGGGUAGUGGAGCACCCUUUUGCCAGAUGUCGAGCAUCAAAUGAAAAUAACUAUGCUCCGUAAUAUUGGACGAAGCGGUCAAACACAUGUUUUUUGUAACAUAGCGUAUGCCAUAAGGAAUACUGCAGAACCUAGCCAGCAUCGUGUAUUCGAACAAAAGAAAAGCAGAGCAGCGUUCCAAAGCUGACUGUUUUAAGAAUUAAUGAUAAAUUUACGUUCCCUGUAGCGCAUGUAUAGGCAAUUCAGACUUCUUGUAUUUUUGAGCUUAAGAUACUCAUAAAUAAGCGCAUAUUUGCAAUUUUUAUAUGCACGAUUCAUCAUGAGACUACCACUUUAAACAAUAGAAAGAUUUCAGAGGGAUAAACAUUAGCCUGCAUGAAUUUUUCAAAGGUUUAUUUUUGAUGAUACCCGAAACUGUGUUUUGUCUUCCAGUGUAAUGUAUAUCCAACCUCCGUUUUGUUAAAUCCGUAAUUAUAUUGUGUACAAAUGAAACAGGUUUGUACGGUCGGAAAAAUUACUAUAAUUGUAUUCAUGUGAAAUUUAAUCUUAAAAUGUCUUCAAUCUAACGAUUUGUGUUGCACGACUUCAAACCCCCUAACCGUCAGAGUCCAAGGAACUCGUUUUUCUCACGGUAAGCGCAACUGCCAUUAAUUCACUGCAAAGUAUGGAAUUUUUGAAAAUUCGCUCAAUUGCUUCUCAGUGAUGGUGAUGACUUUAUAACGAUACUGUACAACAAUUGUGUAAAUGACUUGGCUGUUAUUCAAGUUCUUACAUGUCCUACCCUCCUUUAAUAUUUAGUUUAGUCAAAGUUAACAUAAAUCAAUACGUUUAAUCGGCACAACCUCACAAAUAGUGUUUGUCUUGCGUUUAUGAUAACAAGGCUGUCUCUUCAAAUGAUAUACAUGUAUAUCAAAGGUAUACUUGAAAUGUCAAACAUAUUCUUACUUUCCAUAUGUAGUUUUUUAAUUCCAUAGUUAGACCCUGCUUUUACUCAAGAUGUUCCAUGAAGUUUAAUAAAGUAGCUCACUAUUUUAGCAAGGCACAAG